UUAAUUCAUUACUUAACGAUCCCUAACUAUAUUUAGUAACCCUCUUGCAUUAUUAAAUGAAUAAUUAGCUUCUUCUAAUCUCUCUCUCUCUCUCUUAAAGACUUCUCAAGAUUUUUCUCUAAGUAUCAGAUUAACUUUUGUAGGGUUUUUCUUUUCCGGCAAAACAAUUUAUGUACCCUCCUCCUCCUCCCUCCUCCUCCUCCAAGUCCACCGCUCAAGACGGCGGCGACACCGACAACAAUGGAUACGACCCAGCCGCUGGAAUCACCCGUGACUUCUCCUCCCUCGGUUCUCAAACCCUCUAUAAUCCUCCACGGCCCCCACCUCCGCAGCAGCAGCACAAUCCUAACGUUGUUGGUCUUGGUGAUUACUUCUCCGGUGAUCCAUCUACCAUCGGAUUCGAUCCCGGGGCUUCUUCUUCGUCUCCGUUGUUCAGACACAGAAGCUCUCCGGCAGGAUUCUAUGACCAACAUCUUCCCACUGAUCCCAACGGUUUUUCUCUAGGGCGGCCAAACGGAGGAUACGUCGGAGGAGGAGGAGGAGAGCGAGGGCCCUCAAGGUUGAAGCCGGAGCUGAGAUUUUCCGGCGGGAGUAGUAGUAGUAGUCAUCAAGAACGCAACUCUCUACUGCGAAUCUCGGAGGCUGAAGCCGCUGCGGCGGCCAUAAAAGGUGUUGCAUCUACGAGUAUGACUUUUGGAAAUGAUCACAACAAUUGGGACAACUCGUCUUCUCAUAUCAGUUUCACCAUUGAUGAACCCGGGAAACGGUCCAAGACCACCGACUUUUUCACCUUGGAAACACAGUAUAGUAUGCCGCAAACGUCUCUGGAAAUGGCGAGAAUGGAGAAUAUGAUGAACAUACCAGAGGAUUCGGUGCCUUGUAGGGCUAGGGCCAAGCGUGGCUGUGCGACUCACCCACGCAGCAUCGCUGAAAGGGAGAGAAGAACGAGAAUAAGCGGGAAGCUAAAGAAGCUACAAGAACUGGUGCCCAAUAUGGACAAACAAACGAGCUAUGCAGACAUGUUGGAUUUGGCUGUUGAUCAUAUCAAAGGUCUUCAACACCAAGUAGAGUCGCUGGAAAAGGAGAUGGAGAGAUGCACUUGUGGGGCAUGCAAGAAGCGAUGA